AUGUCUUCCAACACGGAGCCUGAGACCGUGAAGUACACCCCGUUCCAGCCGGACUUCAACUUGGAAAAGCGCAUCGCACUUCUGAAGCUUGUUCUCCGCCCAGACCCCGUCGCAGAAGCUGCUGCUGCUGCAGCGCUUCUCCGACCCGCAACUCCACCCCCAGAGUCCGACUCCGACUCCGACGACGAUGAUUGGGAAGAGCCAACAACGCCACGCGGUAUGGCGCGAAGAGCCGCCAGGGACCGCUAUCUAGAUGCUCUUUACGAUCACAGCAACCGCAACGAGGAGGCGACUCGUGCGAAGCAGCUUGCUCGUGCUAACGCGCCGAACAAGAAUUUCAACAGACCAACCCCGAUGGCAUCUUUCACAGGCCAAGACAUUGCUUUCGACAGCCGCAAGGGCCAACCGGCACCAUUUGGGAUCAACUUUGUCCCUUUCGUCGCUCUUACGAAGUGGUGUUACACGUUCGCUCCGAAGGAACUGCUACAACCACUUGCAUCUGUGUUUUUUGACGCAGAUAAGAUUUACGCUCGUGAUUGGGACCUCUACUACGUCGCUUCGRACUACUGUGGAGUCAUCACGUUUGUACCGGAACACCAACUUCAAGUCCUCUUCGACGAAAUCAACGAGGCAUUUCCAGAAGCAAAAGUCAAGAUCACCGACAAGGAUUAUCAAGGCGGCUUUGUCAUUGACUUUGAAGACCUUCGUCAAGACCUUCGGCCACGCUGGUUGUGCUGCUGCGAAUCUCGAGCGCACUAUCGAUCUUGGAUCGACAGGCUUUCGAUGGAGACGCACAUGAAGCUGCCUUCGGGCUCACCAAAAGAUCGCAGCGUCGAGGCCUUCAAGGCCAAAGUUGACGCAGCGAACGCGAUCAGCAAGGCCAAGAAGAAGAAUGGAAAGGUGCAGACUUUCCAGCACGCCAUCGUCCAGCGACAGGACAUGGUUCGACAUGGUUUUCGGGCUCAGCGGUACUUGGGGCUGCUCCCAAAGAGCGAGCCAUCGCUGAUGCCAGACAUUUCUACCUUGACCAUCAGCGAGGCUAUUGAUGUCACCCAACCAGCGCCACAUGCUUUCGACAUGGACGCCAUUUUCAUCGCCAUCGACCUCGAGGCAUACGAGAGCCCACCUCGAAUGGUGACUGAGAUUGGCAUUGCCACUCUUGACACUCGUGAUUUGAAGGGCGUCGCUCCUGGUGAAGUUGGAAAAGAAUGGCACAAGUCCAUCCGCGGUCGGCACAUCCGCGUUGACGAGUACAAGUAUCUUAUGAACCAUCAAUACAUCCAAGGCUGCCCAGCAGCAUUUGAAUUCGGGGACAGCGAAUUUGUCCCGAAAGACCGACUCGGCUCCGUCCUGGCAAGCUGCUUCAAGCAGCCCUUCAAUCAGAAGGACGUCAUCGACGUACCUACAGAGGAGAGAAACAUCGUCCUCGUUGGUCACGAUCUGGGUCAAGACAUUAACUACUGUCAUCAGCUCGGGUUCUCCGUUCUGAACCGCGCCAGCAUCAAGGAGUCAGUCGACACAGUCGGCAUGUAUCGGGCCUACUCCAAAGAUCCGAAUGCCCGCUCUUUGGGAAGCAUUCUCUACGACUUCGACCUCACUGGGUGGAACCUUCACAACGCCGGCAAUGAUGCCGUCUACACGAUCCAGGCCAUGCUCGCCAYUUGCGUCAAGUCUGCCGCAACCCGCGGCGAGAAGGAUGUGGUGGAGAAGAAGUUGGAGGAGAAGACUGAGACUUUGGUCGAGGCCGCCAAGGAGAAGGCCAAGGAGGAUUGUACGGGUUGGGAUGAGGAUGACGAUGGUGGUGACCCGUUGCAGCCCACAGAGGCUACUUUCAAUCCUGCUGGAGGACGUGGAGGUCGUGGUGGUAGAGGUGGUCGUGGAGGUGGAGAUCAGGCCCGUGGAGGUGGCGGUGGACCCUUCUACACGACGGGAGGCGCUGUUCUGGACGUCUAG